AGAAAGCAGGAAGCAGACAAUCCAUGUGCUGCAUAUGUGUUACUGAUGUUGUUUAGCGCAUUCAAGUGUUCACAGAAAACGCGUGAAGUACUUCACAGUGUAUAAUCAUGAUAACGCCGGCAUUUGAACUCAGUCAAGAUGCAGAUUUCCUCAUUGUAGUUAUCCGUGUACCCUACACCAGAACAUCAGAUUUCGACAUCUACAUCCAAGGAGAGGAUUUUAAGUUCUAUGCCAAGCCCUACUUUCUGAGGUUGACUCUGCCUGGGAGAAUAGUAGAAGAUGGACGGGAAAAAGCUUCAUUCGAUAUCGAUAAAGGUUUAUUCACACUGCACGUCCCCAAAGAGACAGCCGGACAGCACUUUGAGGGUUUGGAAAUGCUCACCAGUCUCCUGGCUCCUAAAGGAUCCAGAUCUGCCAAACCGUUGGUGGAGGACUCAGAGGCCUGUGGUGAAGGAUGCGAGGACGAAGAUGAAGAGGAAGAGUUUGACUGGCAGAUCGAACAGGAGGUUUACACCGAAGCCCCAGCGGACACACUGAAGGAAUUCCACAAGUACGGCUUUGGAAAUCUUAGGUCUGGAGUCUUCACUAGACUGCAAGAGGAGCUGAAUGAGGUGAUUGACAUGAAGGAUCCAGACAACACCAAUGCUGAACUUACAAGACGCAAUCGACUAGACACAGAGGCUGCAGUAUUUUGUGCUGACCAUUACUUGGUAAACUUGUAUGAGGACAAGGAGGAGAUCAGAAACCUGCUGAAGUUUAAACCAUGGUGGAGAAAACUAAACCCGGAUCCUUCAGCAGGCUACGACAUCUCUAUGACUUUCACAGAUGAGGAAAGGGAGCAGAUGAGGAGGUUCACAAACCGCUCGUACUUGCUGGAUAAGAAAGCACGCUUUCAUGUCUGGUUGGGUUUGGUGGACAUCAUCUUGGCGUACGUCUAUGAUGUGCGCACCACAGAAGGAGAGCACAAUGUAGAGUCAGCGUGGACCAUCAGGAAGCUCAGUGGGACUCUCAGCUGGCUGGAGACGUAUCACUCAGUGCAAGACGUGCUGGUGUCUUUCGGCAGGAGAACUUUGUGUUACCCGCUCUAUCGUCACUUUUCCCUGGUCACAUUAGCGGUGAAAGACGCAGCAUGCAUUUUUCAGGCUGGUAAGGCAUGCAUCCUGAAAUGUCUGCUGGCCAUCCAUAAGAUCUUCCGAGAGAACGAUCCGGCCUAUAUCCUCAAUGACCUCUACAUCACAGACUACUGCAUCUGGAUCCAGAGGGUCAAAUCCAAGCAUGUGCUCGCACUAGCCGAACCCUUAAAUAAUGCCACACUCCAGAAGAACCAUCUAGACCUGGAGCUGGAGAUAAUUGAACAAGCUGCAGAACUGGCAGUGAAGGAGGAAGAAGAAAAAGACACAGAGAGCGACACAGAUGACUCCUCAAGCAGCAGUAGUGACUCCGAUGAUGAAGACGACAGCGAUGAAGAGCAAACCGAAAAAGCUGAAGAAAAUAAGCAAGUAGCAUUCAAGGCUCAUGCAGAAGCUGUGACUGAAGCUUCUAGUGUGGAGCUCCAGCGUGGCGGCGGACGAUUGAUUGAGGAGCUGGGAAAGAGGCUGGAGGAGGAGCUGACGAUUGAGGAGGACGUGCCUCAGGAAAAACGCUCUGUUAGUGAGGGAGAGGGAGAGAGAAGGAGAGAGCAUUACCAUCCGCAUGCAGCUGAGAGCGAGAGAGACGCCACCAAAGCAGCAACCGGUAAAGAGCUGCUCGAUCUGUGCCUUCAGAGGAAACCAUUGCGGAUCCUAAACACUGAGGAACUAGACAGUGAUGAUGAUGAUGAAGAUGCAGACCUACGGAUUACUGUGGUGGAUGAAAGGCGAUAGCAAGGACAUAAUUGCUUUACGGAUAUAUCCUUACAUCUACAGAAGAGCUUUUUCAUGGAUUUAUUGUUAUGGAUUGUGACGGUUUUAUUGAUGGUGUAGUCAUAAUUGCUUGUUUGACAGAGUGUGUUCGCUAUUACAUUUUACUGUAAUUCUGUGUAGUUUUCCAUUAAAUUUGUUUUGCAUUUCUUAAUGUUCAAUGAGUUUCAUUUAGUUUUUGUAGAUGAGAAUAGGGCUGUGGGAUUUGGGAGAAAAUAUCUAAUUGUGAUUAUGAAUUUUUCUUUUAACAGAUAUUCCGAUUUCGAUUUGAUUUGCGAUUUAAUUUUGUCGUCACGCUCAAUAUUCUGUAUCGUAGCUUCUUACUGCUAAAAUGCAGCGAGUGUUAGUUAAUAAAAGGAACUGAAAAGAUAUCAACUUACCUAAACAUUUAUUCAAAUUUGUUUAUAAAUAUUCUGAAAUUUACAGUAGUGAGUUCUGGCGUGCGUUAUCUCCUGGUGCCAUCGUGAUGUUUAUCAUAUGGUGUAACAGCUGCAAACGACUCUGAAAUUGUACUUUGCUGUUGCUAGCUACUAGAUUGAGCAUCAUUGGCAAUACUUUUAGUUGACUUUUUAGCAAGACGCUCCUCAUAUAGCCGCCUGUGGUGCUUUUUUAGGUGCUGGUUGUUGUAUCUGCGACAGCUCUUACAAAUUACCUGUUUUUGUUUGGUGUCUGUGAUUUUGAAACCAAAAUAUUCGCAUAUUACCACCAUUUUUUAUAUAUUAUAUUAAAAAAUGUAUUAUAUUAAA